GCGCCGUCACGGAGGGGCCAGCGGCGGCGACGUAGCUGCGCUCGGCACUGACCUACUAACACACAUCCCGGCGCGGCCCCGCGCCCGCCGCCCGCCGCCUCCCAGCCGCGCCCUCGCCGCCGCCCGGAGCCCGGCCCAGCCCGAGCCCAGCCGCCGGCCCGCUCCCGCCCGGCUUCUCUCCCCGCCGGCCGGCUCGCCGGCCCGAGAGCUGGAACGAACACGGCCACCUAGAAGACCCACUCCACUCGGCGGAGGCUGCCCCGGCAGGGCAGGCGGGCAAACGGGAGGAUAUGGAUGGUGUAGAGCGCAGGCUGGAGAGCAUUUGAGAGUCCCGGGGGAUAACUGCUCCCGGCUGCACAGAGAGGGCGCCGUCUCCGAUGCAGCUGAGGAAGAUGCAGGCCGUCAAGAAGGAGCAGGCCGCUCCGGACGCCGGCUGCAGCGCGGACAAGGCAGUGAUGCUCAGCGCGGCCUUGACGGAGGUCUCCGAGGACUUGUCGCCGGGAGAGGAGCUGCUCCUGGGUGAGGGGAGCGUGGGGAGAGGCAAGGCCUCCGCGUGCCGGAGGAAGCGGGAGUUCAUCCCCGACGACAAGAAAGACGCUAUGUACUGGGAGAAGCGGCGGAAAAAUAACGAGGCUGCCAAGAGGUCACGGGAGAAGCGCCGGCUGAACGACCUGGUCUUGGAGAACAAGCUGAUUGCUCUGGGAGAGGAAAACGCCACUUUGAAAGCCGAGCUGCUUUCCCUGAAACUGAAGUUUGGUUUAAUUAGCUCCACGGUGUAUGCCCAGGAGAUCCAGAAGCUCAGUAACUCUGCGGCUGUGUACUUCCAGGAUUACCAGGCCCCGGCCGGCGGGGGAGCCUUCGCAGAGGAGCCAGCGGCCAGUGGCUGCAUCUCGGUCAUCAAGCACUCCCCGCGGGGCGCGCUGGACGGCGCCGGGGGCUCCCCGGAGCACGGGCAGGAGGGCGCCACGCCGAGCCAGAGCAGCUGCCCCAGCCCCGCCGGCAAGCUGCAGGCCAUCAAGCAGGAGCCGGUGGAGCUGGAGAGCUACGCCCGUGAGCCCCGGGACGACCCCAGCGUCUACCGCACGUCCAUGUAUCAGAACUACGUGGGCAGCUCCUUCCCCAGCUACUCGCACUCCCCGCCCCUCCUGCAGGCCAGCCCGUCUUCCAGCAACUCCCCGAGGACCUCGGAGGCCGAGGACGGCGCCGUGGGCAAGUCCUCUGACGGAGAGGAUGAGCAGCAGGUCCCCAAAGGCCCCAUCCACUCUCCCCUGGAGCUGCAGCACGGACACGCCGCGGUGGUCAAAGUCCCAGAAGCCUCCGCUUUGCCGCACAAGCUCCGCAUCAAAGCCAAAGCCAUGCAGGUAAAAGUAGAGGCGCUGGACGCUGAGUUUGAGGCCGCCCACAAACUCCCCUCGCCUGUUGGCAGGACGGCCCAGAGGCAUUUCGGACUCGAGAAGCUCAGCGCCCCAAGUGCGGCCCCCCCGCCCCUCACUCCUUUCUCAGUGCAGGUGACCAACAUCCAAGACUGGUCUCUCCGGGCAGAACACUGGCAUCAGAAAGAGCUUGUGGGCAAAACUCAGAGUAGUUUCAAAACUGGAGUUGUUGAAAUGAAAGACAAUGGCUACCACGUUUCCGACCCAGAGAGCUUGUUUUUGAAGCAGGGCAUGGCAAACUUGUCUGCAGAGGUGGUCUCGCUGAAGAGACUCAUAGCCACACACCAGAUCUCUGCUUCCGACUCGGGGUGAGUUACUACUGACCCGCCUCCCGCACGGGGCGGCGCUCCUGGCCUUCGAUGCUGUGUUCUGUGCCAGGCUGAGUUCCACUGGACCCGUGACGUCAUUUCACUGUACUGUUCAUCGUCGUCUGUCAGGUCUCUUUUUCUGCACAAAUUAUUAUGAAGAUUAGAUUGUGUUAUCACCCUGCCUGUGUAUAGUCAAAUAGUCCAUGCAAAGGCUGUAUAUACUGAACAUUAUUUUUUUGUUCUAUUAUAAAGUGUGUAAGUUACCAGUUUCAAUAAAGGAUUGGUGACACACA